AUGUCACUUCGGCUAGUUUUCCAGGCUGACGGUGAAGAUGCCGCCGCUACGCUCAUUGUUGUCAUCAUCAGAAGUCCACUUCAAGUAUCGGCACCAAAUGAUGUAAAUGAGAAAUCUUGGUGGACUGCCGCCCUGCGAGGCAACAGAAGAGUAAAACAAGUUUUUGUGUUUUGCGAGAAACUAUAUCCACUGUUGAACAAUUACACGUUGGAGGGAAUGAACGAAAAUUCCUUAUAUCUGUUGAGGGAGCUGCAGCCACACACGCUGAUAUCUGCGUCGUGCAAAAUCGUCUUCAUAUCCUACUCCUUUGGAAGCUACUUUGCCAAAAAUGCUAUGAUAGCAGCGCAUGAUCAUCCUGAAUUUCGGCCGGUUUAUGACGCCGUCUCUGCUCUACUGUUUGUGGCUACUGCUCACAACGAAGAUUCUGCAAAUUUCAGAAAAACCAUAGCUUUAUGUGCCGCCAUACAGCUGGGCGCCGACCACAAGGCAAAAGGCGUUUUGUCUUCAGAUGAAUAUUCUACAGGCGUGGGAACAAUAUGCCGAGAUUUUCGUGGUCUCACCUUCGUCGGCCAGGUGUUGAAUGUCUGUGAGGCCAAACAAACCUCGAUCAGAAAGUGGUAUGCAAGACCGCGCGUUCUGAUUGACAUUUCCAUUGGAAGCAAUGCUCGGAAGCUUGAGCAAGUUGUGGUCCUUGAAUUCGACCAUUACCAGCUGUCAGCCUAUCCUUGGCUAUCUGCUGGCUUAGAAACAAAAUUUCGUGAGGCUGUGGUUGCGCUUCUAGAUUCUGUCCCCUCGGAAGACUCUACUGCUUUGCAGCAACCCGCACCGCAUUCAAGUCUCCAACCUGCCCAAGGCUUGGCUCUUGGUACCUCUCCAUUAACCUUCGGAGGUGGCACGUUAUCAACGGAGCAAGACAUGUACCAGAAAGGGAACGGGGUUUCUUGCUGUGUAAUUCAACCAUAUCAGCAAAAUCCAGCAUUCACAGGCCGGACUGAGGUCCUAGGCCGAAUAAGGGAAUAUCUAUCGCCUCAGAGUAAGAAGCGCGAUGUCCAAGCGAAGUUUGCGUUGGUUGGCUUGGGCGGUAUCGGCAAGACUCAAACUGCGUUGGCAUAUGCAUUCGGUUCCAAAAAAGACUUCCCCGUCAUACUAUGGGCCGACGGAGACACGCGCGCUAAGCUCGCACAUAGCUUUGCAAUGUUUGACAAGGAGCUUGGCAUCUCUCCUACCAAUAACUCGAGUCAGUCCGAGAGCAGGGAACGCGUGAAGCGUUGGUUGGAACAAACAAGCCUUCCCUGGCUUCUCGUCUUUGACAACAUCGAUUAUGACCCGGAAGACAACAUUACUCAGGAAUACUGGCCCAACUCGCAAACAGGCUCGGUUCUAGUUACGGCCAGACAUGAAUCAGCUCUUGGGCAGUUUACAGGCGAAAUUUACCCGCUUGGAAAUUUGAACGACAAUGAGGGUGCCGACCUUUUACUUAAAUUGGCCAAGAAGCCAUCGAACCAGACCAAUUUGGAUUAUGCCAAAAAUAUUUGCUCUCGCGUGAGUUGUUUCCCACUAGCAAUAUCUUCCGUGGCACAUGUUGUUGUUUCGCGAAGGUUUACCCUUCAAGAAUACUGGGAUGAGCAUAACAAUUUUGAUCUCAUUGAGAAGUCAAACCCACUCAGUGGACCGGAAGCCCGAUACUCGUUCAAAUUACAAACCGUAUUCUUAUCACAGGUGUCUGCUCUUGAAGCAGACGCAAAUUCUCUGCUCAACAUUUUGGCUUUUCUUGACCCAAGUGGAAUCGAAGAGCAGUACCUGUUCAAGGGUCUGGUAAAAGGGUCUCCAGUGCACAUUCUCAAAAGAUCCCGAGAUUUUGCGGAGGCAAGGGACGCCCUUUGUAUGAAUGGCCUAAUCUCAAGAAACGAAGAAUUGAAGUUGGUCUGGAUGCAUCGGAUGCUUCAAGAGUUCUGUCGCUUUCGCUCGAGAAGAGAAGGUCACCAACAGCAGAUAUUCGAGCAAGCGUCGUCCCUUGUGUCCUCCAUCUGGCCGGUGCCAGAGCGGCACAACCGUCACAAUCGUGAGCUUUGGAAGAUCCAAGAACAGCUCAUCAAUCACAUUUUGAGCUUAGCAAUGCACUACAUGAAUUCACUGAGGUUCGACCAUGAAAAGAAUGGACAGCUUGCCCGAUUAGAAGCUAGUCUUAGUCUGGCUGAAUUGUUCUACAACGGAGCAUGGUACCUGUAUGAGAGGGGUAACUUCAGAUCUGCAAUACCGCUGCUGCAUAUUGCCGAAGGCUACUGUAUGAGCAACCAGGAUGACACGGAUUUUAUUUUGUCGGACAUUUUCGGCGCCUACGCAUCCAUGGACAGCGAGUCAAAUAAUCUGCAGUCAUGCGAGGAGAAUUUCGGCAAACAGCUGCAUUAUCUACUCAAGGCAAUUGACAAAGGCCAAGUAAAGCGCCCUACGGUUCGCGAGGCGCUUGCAUAUGGCGGGCUCGCUAAUGCUACAAUGGGAGUCAAGCAGUACGCCAAAGCAGAGAUUUGGUAUAGGAAAUGCUUGAAACUGUGGGAGGACUGUCCAGGAGAUCCUUCCAUCUACAUUCCUCAUCUCGCUGCGUGUCUUUUCCUGCAAGAUAAGACCGACGAGGCGGCAGCAAUCCUGCACUCCUGUAUCGAAGAAAGAGAGGCUAGAUACGGUGUCCACGACCGUCAAUCGUUCAGAACCGGAAUCAUUUAUUUUGCUCUCGGGAACUGUUUGAUCCGUCAAAACAAGCUUGAAGAUGCUUACAAUGCGCACAUCUUUGCAAUGGAAAUGCUGGAAGAGACACUUGGCCUGCGACAUCACCGCUUCGCGGAUGCUUGCUACAAGGUUGGGUGGCAUCUGAGAUGGAAGGGCCAGCUUCAACUUGCAGAAUCAAAACUCACUCAAGCGUUGAAAAUCUACGAGCAAGACAAAAUAUACUGCAAUGAAGCAGCAAGGACGUACUUUGUUCUCAGUGAGGUUGCCACAGCACGGGGCAAUGAAGUGCAGGGAGAUAAAUGGAGAAGUCGGGCAAAGGAGCUGCUGAGAGAAAUCACAAAGGCUGAAUAUCCUGGGCCAGUCACAGAAGAGGAUUAUGACGAGCUAAUUAUGUUCUGGUCACGAUAA